AUGAACCAAUCGAAAUUCCCAGAAGACUAAGCAUGUGGACUAGCCUUCUCCUAAAUCCUAAACAAUGACUAAAACUUAUUAUUGCAAAUGUUUGUCUCUUCAGGCAAAUCAGUGCAUGACUUGGGAAAUUAUUAGUAAUGUGUGAGAUAACCCAAACUCAAAUACACUUUAAUCACGCUAAAGAGUCAGUCUUAGUUCAGAUACCAAAUUUAAAUGGGUCUCUGUAUACCUUAGGAAUGCUAAAAAUCAUCGCUGAAUGUUAUGAAUAAGUUAUAUAGACAAGGAAUGAUCAUAACAAAGACAAUAUCAGAUCCACUUAAUCCAGAGUACACAUUUCCCUAGGAGGAAUAUGAUAGUAUUAAAGUGCAAAAUGGAGCUGGUUUCAUAAUAAUGAUCAUAGUUAUUCUGAUGUUCUUUAUGCUGUCCAUAUUUGGGUACAUAAUAGAAAAGAACAAACUGGGAGACAAAAAGAAUCAAAGCUCAAUGGUUGAAGCAAUUGAAGAAGAAUCCUAGUAAAACGGAGCAUCUAUUGAAGCCAGAAAAGAAAAAUGGGCUUUAGUAAUUUACUCUUUUUCAAUUACUAGAAAUUUCCACGAGAUCUUUUUUAAGCCUUACCGGUCAGUAAAGGACAAGAAGUUUGAAGUCUUCAAUGGAAUGAAGUUUCUCAACAUGAUUUGGAUCAUGCUAGGGCACUGCUUUCUAAUGGCCAGUCAGUUUGGUAAUACCAGCACCUACCUCAAGUAAUAGAUGCUUAAUUAGUUCUUUACCUAAAUAGUGGUUAGUUCUGAUUUUGCCAUAUCACUAUUCUACUUCUUGUCAGCUUUUAUUGGAAUGUAUGGUCUAAUCAAGAAAUAUCAAAGAGUUGAUAACACUGACAACAAUAAUAACCAUUCUGAAGAGAUAAAGGUAGAGAGUUAAACAACUUGCACUUAGAGGCUCACAAAAAGAGCUUUAUUGAAAUAAGUUCUAGCUAGAUGGCUGAGACUUGCUUUCCCAACUUAUAUUGUACUCGCAUUUACUAUGAGUUUGUUUAAUUGUCUGGGAUCAGGACCAACUUUCACUUAUCAAAACAAAUUUUUCCUUUAAGAUCCAUUGUAAAAAUACUGGUGGACUAUUGUCCUCUUCAUUGAGAAUCUUACUCCUUGGAACUCAUAGCCAGGCAUGUAUUGGGCCUAUUUUGUGGCCAAUGAACUCUAAUUUUAUGCUGUAAUCAUGAUGCCCUCUCUCUAUUUAUAUUAAAGAAGAGGCAUGAGAAAGACUGUAUUUGUAUAUCUGCUUUUGAUUAUCUUACUCUCAAGUGCAUAUAUUAUAGCAGUCUCAAUUUUCAAUAACUUGUCAACUUUACUGAUGGUUGAUGAUGAUGAUAUAUUCAAUCUGAUUUACAGAAGACCAUUCGGUCCUGCUGGCUACUAUGCAUUAGGUGUCCUCUUCUCAAUCUUUUACUUUGAGUAUAGUUAAGCAUUAUCAAAUAGAUAACUAAGAGGCAGAAAGGCCUACUUAUUUAUGACAUAUAUUGGAAGGACAAGACAAAGAUGCCUUUUAAUUUAGAUAUUAGGCUUGAUAAGCCUGCUCUUCUUGAUCUUUAUCAGAUACUCAUGUUUUGCUUUCAAUGAUGAUUAAUCGAAAGUUAACAUAGGCAGAUGGCCUUAUCUUCUAAAUGCAAUCUUCAAUGGUACAGCUCACUAUUUCUACAUAUUCUCAAUCAUGGCACUAUUCAUCCCAAUCUUUUUGGGGAAACUUUCAAUUAUCAGAGAUAUAUACGCCUCAGCCUUCUUUAGACCCCUUGCUAGAAUAAAUUUCUCCACUGCAAUGAUUCAAGGUAUAGCCCUAUUCUUAGUAUUCUUUAGCCAAGAAAAGCAUGCCUACUUUGAUCAUAAAAAUAUCCUAUUCAUCUAUUUUGCAUUGAUAUUAAAUGUCUAUCUUUGCGGUUUCUUGGUAGCUCUAUUCUUUGAGUAACCUUUUAGAACUCUUGGUAAGGUAGUUUUCUCUCCACCCAAAAGAAUAAUCAGACUUAAAAAUGAAUUGGCUAAGGAAUUAGCCACUGGAAUAGAUAGCGUGUUUGGAGAUGACUCAGAAAUCGAUGAAAAUGAGAUUAAGGAUAAUAUUGAUUAAGAUCUCUCCAAAAAUACGAUGGAUUAGAGUUUAAAGGAUUUAAGAGGGUUAAAUAGGUUAACUAAGAUUUAAGAGUCUAGUGAAGAGAUGAGUGAUAGAGAAUAGUUGAUUUUUAAAAAGAAAAAAGAAUGA